UAUAAGAAAGCGUACAACAAUUUGGAAUGGAUUGAUUUAUGAUACCUCUGAUAUGUGAGAGCUACAUUUUCUGUCGCUGUUGGCCAGCUGCUGCUGGUGGACUUCAGCUGACUUCAUUGCAGCAAGCCCAACAGAUAGGUCCUCAUCGCUAAUAGAACAUAAACAAGUGUGAUGCUGAAAUGAGAUGAGGCUCCGAAAUGGAACUGUGGCCACCGUGUUAGUUUUCAUCACUACUUUCCUCAGUUUGUCCUGGUAUACUGCAUGGCAAAAUGGGAAAGAAAAGUUGAUUGCAUAUCAACGGGAAUUUCAUGCUUUGAAGGAACGUCUUCGUAUAGCUGAGCAUCGCACUCUGCAGCGCUCUUCUGAGCUGAACGCUAUCUUGGAGCAGUUCAGGCGUGCAGUAGCAGAAACAAAUGGGAGUAAGAAUGCAAUGAAUAAUUUUUCAGAUGAGACGCUGAAAUUGUUAAAAGAGCUAACAAGUAGAAAAUCUCUUCAAGUGCCAAAUAUCUAUUACCAUUUGCCUCAUUUGUUGAAAAAUGAAGGAAGCCUUCAACCUUCUGUGCAGGUUGGCCUUGGAAGGACAGGAGUUUCCAUUGUAAUGGGAAUACCUACAGUGAAAAGAAAAGUCAAGUCUUACCUUACAGAAACUCUCCACUCCCUUAUUGAUAAGCUGUCCCCUGAAGAAAAACUGGAUUGUGUUAUGGUUGUCUUUAUAGGAGAGACUGAUCUUGAUUAUGUUAACAGUGUUGUUGCAAGCCUGGAAAAAGAGUUUUCUACAGAGAUCAAUUCUGGCUUGGUGGAAGUAAUAGCCCCUCCUGCAACUUACUAUCCUGACUUGACAAACUUGAAAGAGACAUUUGGAGACUCAAAAGAGAGAGUGAGAUGGAGAACAAAACAAAACUUGGAUUAUUGUUUUCUUAUGAUGUAUGCCCAGAAGAAGGGGGUUUAUUACAUUCAGCUUGAAGAUGACAUCGUUGUCAAGCAGAAUUAUUUCAGCACAAUAAAAAAUUUUGCACUUCAGCUCGCUUCUGAAGAUUGGAUGAUUCUAGAAUUUUCUCAGCUGGGUUUCAUUGGUAAAAUGUUCCAGUCUCCAGAUAUCACUCUUAUUGUAGAGUUCAUAUUUAUGUUUUAUAAGGAGAAACCUAUUGAUUGGCUGCUGGACCAUAUCCUCUGGGUGAAAGUGUGUAACCCUGAGAAAGAUGCAAAACAUUGUGAUCGGCAGAAAUCUAACCUACGGAUACGCUUCAGGCCUUCUCUUUUCCAGCAUGUUGGCCUCCACUCCUCUCUAGCAGGGAAGAUCCAGAAACUCACAGAUAAAGACUUCCUGAAACCAUUACUGCAUAAAAUCCACGUGAAUCCACCUGCAGAGGUUUCGACAUCUUUAAAAGUCUACCAAGGGCAUACGCUAGAAAAAACCUACGUAGGGGAAGAUUUUUUCUGGGCUGUCACACCAGUUGCUGGGGAUUAUAUUCUAUUUAAAUUUGACAAGCCAGUCAAUGUAGAAAGGUACUUGUUUCACAGUGGCAAUCCAGAGCAUCCAGGAGACAUACUUCUAAACACAACUGUGGAAGUUUUGCCUUUUCAGAAUGAAGAACUGGUAUUAAGCACAGAAACCAAAGACAAACGCUUAGAGGAUGGUUACUUCAGGAUAGGGAAAUUUGAAAACGGUGUAGCUGAAGGAACAGUUGACCCCAGCCUAAACCCUAUUUCAUCGUUCCGGCUUUCAGUGAUACAAAAUUCAGCAGUUUGGGCAAUUCUGAAUGAGAUUCAUAUUAAAAAGAUUACAAACUGAUCAUGGAAACCUGCUUUAGAGGAAAAAGAAAGAAUCCUUGAAAACUUUUCCUAUAAAAUCUGACAUCCUUAGCAAGUCACGAAUUGAAAAUACUGAGCAUGCACCUUAUUCCAAAUUUCUUUCAUUUUCACUUGAACUCUACCUCUUGUGAAAUCUACUGUAGAUGAGAAGAUUGUAUUUACCCCUUCUUAUCUGAUCCAUCCAGAAACUGAUGCUCCACACUGAUGACGUUCGUCUGAGGCCUAAGUUGUCCUCCACUUUAAUGUGACUUUACCAUCUUAUGGUUACAGAACCCUGCUACGCUUAACCUGUACUAUUUUGAUAGUAUAGUAAUAUAGAGAAGUUGUACAUAUUGUUACAUUCCUUGAAGAAGAAGAAAAAUAUAAUUAUUGUUAAAUAUGUUUUAUGAAGGGGGUACUUUCGGAGUUCCAUUUAUUUUCUAUAACGAGAACCCUCUUUUAUAGACUGUCAGGGAUAUAUAUUAAAAAUGUUAGGGAUAUUUAAUUUAUUAAAAUAAUUUGAAAAGUACCUAUUUUUAUGCAGUAAAAUUUUAAAUUGAUAUAGGUUUUUUUAUAAAUUCUCUAGUUUAAGUUAUCUUUCUACAUGUUUCUUUGGAGAUGCAAACAUAAAUUAAUACCAUAUUUCAAAUAUACUGCCAUGUUGAAAAAAACCUAGAUUAAGUUUCUAAAUUAUGUAGUUUUGUACACAGAAUCUGAAUGAUGUUCAGAGGCAUUAACAGAGUUCUGAAGAGCAUUAUUCUUUGGGGCUAUGAAAUUCCACUAUGUACAGUUUGUAGCCGCAUAAAAAGCAUGCUGAAAUGUCUUGUUUCAUAUUAUGUACUAAAUCUGCAGUGAUUUUAGACUGAAUCCAUUGCAUUUUAGAAGAAUUUUUUCAAUUCCAAACAGUUCUUUCUAAAAAUCUUUGUAGACAUUUCCUAGCCUGGACAAAUUCAUUUUCUGUACUGAAAAAAAAUCAUUCUCCAGCUUUGCUUUGGAGUGACAGAGGUUACCUUUUAUCGAAAGAAUUAAUAGUAAUUAGAUACUUUUGAUCUACAGAGGUCGUCUUCUAAAAAGUUCCGUUAUUGCAGUGUUUAUUUUAGAUACAUUACAGUGAGUAGUUAUGGUUUAUUUUUUAUUUUCUUCCAUUGCUCAAGAACAAGGUUUCAGUUUGACUCCUUUACUGAUCAGCGUAGUAACUCGCACUAACUUUUAAUGGGAACUGAAUUUGGCCUCAGGUUAGUACCCUGCCUUUGCGUUUCAAGGGAAACAACAGUGAUCUUAAAAGAAUCGGAAACUCGAUCAGGAACGGAAAGUGGUUUGGAUUAAACCCAGAGAGUGGGAUUGUUGCAGUACUAACGCUGCCACUGCUCUUAAGAGUCCUUCUGCUUAGGUGCUUACGUGUAAGGACACAGGUAUGGGGAGAGUUAAGUCACCCAGUCAGAAAUGGUCAGGAGGAGGAGGGGCAGAAAUUCCUCUCUUUAAUAGGAAAGAAGUGCCUGAUUGACACUGGAGGGAGGCAUCUGCCCUGGCUUGGGGAUUCUCAGCUGUGCUGCAAACCGACCUCCUGGAACUGACCUCUCGAAAGCUGGCCCAGUUUUCCCUGUGGAAAAAAAAGACUCCGUUAUCCCCAACAUCUUUGCGGUCAGGGCAGAGAUGCGCAAAACCUGUUGCGGGAUCCCUGACCUAGAGCAGGGAUCUGGAAUUCAUAUCUCCAGCAUGAAAGUUCUACUAAUAGAUUUAGCCUCUUUUUCAUGACAUAUAUUUAUAAGGAGCAGGAGCCUAAACCCGACUCUCUGGCACCGCAAGCUGAAAGCCAUCGCCACUGGGAUAUAGAGUCAACCUGUCCUUUCUUCUGCCUUGUUGGAAAAUUGUGUCGUAGCUUUGACAGUUCAGCAAUAUUCAAGUUUAAGAGCUUAACUGCUUCUACAGACCAUAGUCGUUUUGUUCUAGCUGUGUUGCCUGAGGACACAGGGAAGACAAGAUCUGUACGCAGAGAUAAGACCUUCUGUUUAGACUGACUGGUGUAAGUUGGAGAAAAGUAGAAAGCUACCAGGCAGGCUGUGUUUACUUUUUUCUGAUUGCAUCAGAUGGUGUAAAUAAAGUGUUACUUGGAAAGCUCGUCUGGCCCACAGGGACUGUGGGCAUAAGCUAAGCACCGGCCUCGUAAAUGGAGUUUAUUCUUGGAUGUAGGGACGUGGGUGCGUGAGCUCAGAAUCCUGUGUGAAUCUAGCCUGUUGUGGCGCCACAGCCCAGUUGGUUACGUGUAUAAUGCCGUGCCACCAAAUUAGUGCCAUGCAAUGGCUGUUCAUCGCACGUUAGCUAGGAAAGGCCGAAGAAAGUAUUUAGGUUUUCUUCUCAGCUGUGCCUGUGAAUGAACGAUGCAAGUGAUUUAAACUAUAGCUAUUUGUUACAAUGUAGAUUGCAGAAGUACGUUAGGUAUUACAGUUUCUUAAUAUAAGUAGUUUUGCUGACAGUGACUUUCAUCUUUUUCCACGAGUUCGAAAGUUUACUGGUACCACUUACGAAGAACGCCGUGAGCUUAUUCUCAAGCAUCACUGUUCCCGAUGUUUCACAGUGGUUAAGAUGAAUCAUUGCUAAUAUAUCUAAAUAUAUAGAACCCUUACCAGAUUGAUCGCAGGACUCUGGUGUUACCAGUAUAUUUAGUUUUCAAAAAUGUUGAGAAGAAAUUUAUCAAAGACAACAA